GGGACGCGGUUAUGCAACCCUCAUCUUAUCAGUAGGAGCAAAGUUCCUGAGCUUCUUCAGAACUGCAGAACCGACAAAAAGCUGCUGCAGGGCAGCAAAGGAAGAAAGGAGUGAGAAUGACUUCAGCUGGACAGUGAAGGAAUGCGAUGAAAGAAUUCCUCUACGGGUCGCGGCGUGCUGCUCGGGUCAGACGGGCCGUCGCUCCAAAGCCUCCAUGAAAUCCUCUCAGUUCUUCCUUCAGAGGACAGAAGAACCAAAACCUUCCAGGAGUUUCCUCCACGGAACGCUUCAGAGCAAUAAAACAAACCCCAGAGAGCCGUUCCUCAACAGAAAUGAAACAAUAAAGGAAAGUUUCUGUUCUAAAACCAGGAAAAUGUCGGAAUUCCUUGGAAGAGAUCAAAGAAAUCAGUUGGAAUGAUUUAGUGAAACAUUUUGUUCUACAUUUGUAGAUAAUCUCCAGUGUGAUCUGGACGGCGCCGUUCACCAGCUCGUCGGCAACAGCUCCGCCCACACGCUGGAGGAAGGCGGGAAGAGCGGCAGAACCUUCACGGUCGGCGCGUCUCAGUUUCCCGCUCUGGCAGCCGGCAGCGUCCUCUUCCUGUCCUCUCCUGACCUGGUCUGCGCCGCGGCGAAGGACGGGAGGUGGGCGGAGGAGACCGAGCGUUUUCUGCACACGUACACGCUGGGCGACCACGGUGACAUCAGCAUUUAUGCUCUGGAGGAUCUGCUGCAGGAGCUGCAGAGUCACUAUGAAGCUGCUGAGAAUCAGAGCUGUGCAACAGCCAGCAGCAUCAUGCAGGAAGCUGAGGCGUCGCCGGAAGUGGGCGUGGUCCUGGGCCGCGUGCUGACCCACGCUCUGCUAGGACACUGCUUCAGCGCUCAUCCUCUGCCUGAGGAGAGCUUCUUCCUGGACUUCAUCAUGGAUCACGUGGGCUCAGAGAACUUUACCGUUGAAGCUCUGGAGAAUCUCAUGAUGGUGCUGAACAUUGGAUCAGGAGAAGAUCAUGAGCAUGCAUUCAUGCUUGAUGACCAUGAGAGCCACCAUCAUCAUCAUCAUGAACAGAAAGGUCGGAGGAAGAGGAGCAGUGAAAAGCAUGAAGCCAACGCCACCUGGGAGCAUCGCUGUUUCUCUGCUGGGGAACUGCUUCAGAUCCACGGUCUGACUGGCUCCGCCCACUCCGGAAUGGGUCGGUCUGAGGUGGUCCGCCUCAGUCCUGCUUUCAUCCAGCAGAUCCUCAGUGGAGCGUGUGCAGAGGCGACCGAACCGGAAACACAAGACGGACUCACAGAGGCUGAGAGAUACCUCUAUGCCACUGUGGCCAACGUGGUGAUAACGCUGGUGUCCAUGCUCGGCAUCGUUCUGCUGUUGUGUACCUCGUGCACAAACGUUUUCCAGUUGUGUAUCCAGUUCUGCAUCAGCAUGGCUGUCGGUUCCCUCACUGGGGAUGCCUUGCUGCACCUGGUACCCAUGUUUCUGGGUUUACACGUCCACUCGGAUGAGGACAGCAGCUCUGAUCACAGCCAUGAGGAGGGAAUUCCAGAUUACACCUACAAGAUGCUGGCAGCGCUGGGAGGAAUUUACCUUUUCUAUCUGAUGGAAUCCAUAUUCUCUCUGAUCACACAGGAGAAUCACCACCAACAUGCAGAAGAAUCUGAUCCGCAUCACUGUGACCACGGCAGAGUUUUAGAAAUGUUCCAAAAGGAACGGAGACAGAAAGACAGAAACCAGUCCACGUCAGAAACUGACCUGGUCGAGAUAGAAAAGCAGAAGUCUGUGUCCGACCUGAAUGAAGAUAAACGAGAGACGCGGAUGCUGCCUUACAUGAUAACCAUCGGAGAUGGCAUCCAUAACUUUGCCGACGGCCUGGCAGUGGGCGCCGCCUUCUCCCUGUCAUGGAAGUCGGGCCUGGCCACCUCCGUGGCUGUGCUGUGUCACGAGUUACCACAUGAAGUUGGGGAUUUUGCUAUCCUGCUCUACAGCGGCAUGUCCGUCCCCAGAGCGCUGCUUUUGAACCUGGCCAGCGCCAUGAUCUCAUUCGUCGGCCUGUACAUCGCUUUGUCGGUCGCCACGGAUUUUGCGACCACGCAGUGGAUCACGGCGGUCGCAGGAGGACUCUUUAUGUACGUGGGACUGGCUGACAUGCUGCCCACGCUGGUCCACGCCAGGAGCAGGAGGCCGUGGUUGACGUUUGCUCUGCAGAACCUGGGCCUUCUGACGGGGUGGAGCGUCCUGCUGCUGCUGUCGCUUUUUGAGGACAAAAUCCACUUUUAACCGUUUUUCCAGGUGAACGCAGUCAGAGUUCUUCUGACGUGAGGUUUGUCCAGUGUGAAGGGACACCAUGAAUGAGAGACAAACUGGAUUCAUGCAUCAACCAAGACUUUCAAUGCACCCAAGCGUUCAGCUGUAGCAUUAGUGUAGCCAAAAAUACUGACAAAUGCUUGAAAAAACAGUGUUAAUGUGAAGUGAAGUUAGAUCUGACUGUGUAUUUAUUUAAUUACAUUUCUUUAACAUGUUAAGAUGCACAUAAAUAAACUAAAUCAGUGAGGGAACACUGAUGAUGAGCUUUAACGGACGUCAGAUGACAGAUUAUCUGAAGACUUUGUUCUUGUUUCUCUGAUUACAGAUUGUUCUGUUUGUACAUUAUAGAUAAUCGUCUUUUAGAACAUUAUCCAGAUUACCAUGAAAAGAAAUGUGGGGAUUGUAUUUAUGAAAGAUUUCUCUAAUAUCUGCAUUUGUGAAAAAGAUGAUCAAACCUGCAGAAGCUUCAGAGGUUUGGACCAUUUGGACAUUUUGAUGGUUCUCAGACACAAAAUUCACAGUUUUUCUUUGUUUUUUGAUGCUUUCAUGAAAAAUGAGUCGUAUUGUUCUGAUAAUGCAAAAUAAAGAGUUCAGAGCUUUCUAUGAACUAUAAAAAUAAAAGUUUGACAAACUGUCUUCAAAUCU